AUCUCUCUUGCUCAGUUUUUUUUUAUUUUAUGUGCCGGCUGUGAAGACACGCACUUUAUGCAUUUCUGCCUGGCUGCUGGCUCUGCUCCAGCAUCACUCAAUGCUUCUUGUGUUCCCCUCCUCCCCUCCCUGCAGCUGUCUCCCCCUGUGAGGUUUGUCGGCCAGCUUCCCUGGCUGUUGCUGCUGCUGCCGCUGAAGCAGUGGAGCUCCUUGACGCUGCACCACUACGCUGCCGGUACCGCGCUGCCUCGCUUCUCCUUUUCGGUCUUUGCCUUUGCACUCUGCUUUAGUGACUAAUCUGUCUUUUCAAGCAGCAGCAGAGGACAAGACAGGAGCCCAGGCAAUAGAAGGAGUCUCCUCAUUCAACCACUGCGUUGUCCUGUUUGUUUGUUCUUUUUCUUUUCUUUUUUCUUUUUUGCUGAAGAACAGAGCAGAGAACAAUCGGACAGCGAGGACCUUUUUCUCUUUUGCACUUCUUGCCUCUGCUCAUUCUUGGGACAGAGUGCAGGGGAGGAGAGAAGAGGGAGGGACGAGAACAGGACUUCAGACCCUGCCUACAGCUGCACCGCUCAGUGUCCAACCUUGUUCCAGAAGCACAUAAGUCAAACACACAAGCUGUCACUGGCAGACUGGAAAAACAGUUUGACAAGUAGGCACACUGUGUGCAUACAGAGGGACAGACAGAACCACAGACAGACAGGUAGACAGUGGGUGUCUGUGUCAUGGCGUCAGGGGAUAAUGACGGUUCGAGUGUCUCCGGGCGGCUGAGAUCAAGAGAUCUGCUCCAUGCUGGUCUGGCAGUUGCGCUGCUGCUUGGUGUAUGGAGUGUAGAUGGACUAGAGGUUUCAACGGGUAAGGUUUCUUCGAUUGAAGCAAUGAAUGGCUCCACGGUUUUGCUGCCCUGCACUUACUCCUCUUGUAUUGGCAUUCAAAACCUCUACUUCAGCUGGAAAUUUAAUGACAAUGGGACCCAUUUGAAGUUAUGUGAAGCAGAGAUWCCUAAAGAGAAAGUGGAGCCGAAGGUCCAUGUUUACCGCGACCGUGUCGAGUUUGUUGGCUCUUCGAAGACCAACAACAUCUCCAUCUUGUUGUGGAAUAUAACCUUUGAGGAUGAGGGAGAGUACAUCUGCUUUGCCAGAAACCCAAAAGAGAAGAACCGCAACCACAGUGCCAUCUUCACCCUUAUAGUGGUCGACCAAAUGAAGGAGGUUGACAAUAGAUUGACUAUCCUUAUAGUCUCAAUCGUGGGUGGAGUCAUUGGCUUAGUUAUCAUCAUUAUGGUGAUAAAGGCCUUGGUCGUUCAUUUCCUAAUGAAGGAUAGUGAAAAAACUAAAGAGUGCCUGGUGAGCUCCUCAGGGAAUGACAACACAGAAAAUGGACUUUCAGGAGCCAAAGCUGACAACAAAGGGACACCAAAGGCUUAAGUCAAAUGCAAAGUAUGUCUGUAUGUUUGUAUAUAUGUUAGACAAACGGACACGCUUCCUUGGGAAGGAGCUCACCGGACUGAUUUAUUUUAGUAGACUCCAAAUAAUGCAACUUGGAAGUGUCUACUGUAAACCAUGCUUGAGAUUUGAGAGGUGUAAAAUGUGCAAAGGGCCUGGAUCACUCUCUUACCAACACGAAAGCCCAAUUGUUCCAAAGUAUGCAGCCGGUUCUGAAAUUCUACUCUGCAUCUUUAUUUUCAAAAGGUUUUCAUUCUCUCUUCGCAUUUUCGAUUACAAGACAAUGAAUAAUCUAAUAAUCUCUCCUUUUUUAUGAGAAUAUUAUUGGUGUAACUAUCUCAGUAACACAGAUUAGACAUUUCAGGGUAGUUAAUUUAUUUAAACAAAGUUAACUUUUUAACUAAUAUUUUGGUUUACAGUACGUUUACAUCACAGUCUUAGGUUUAUUACAAAUUUUGUACAAAACUGACAGCAAAUUGAAUUGCCACAUUCUUUAAACUGCCUAGAUGAACAGCACAAACUUAUAAAAUGCACGCCUAAAACAGAUAUAAAAUUUAUCUUUGAAUUAAACCUAUAUGACAGUCAUGGUUGAUUCAUAAAUAAUAAUGACAUAUUUGAAUCAGAAAAAAAUGAAAAAGACAAAAAUACACUUUUUGUACAUUGUUUUAACAAUGAGGACUUGCAACUUUGCAACCAAUAGAAGGUUUAAACAACUGUUUACUGAGAUUUUUUAAACUGUUUUGAGUUUCUGCCUUCAUGGUUUCUGCAUAUACUUUAUCUAUUUAGGUUAUAAUGACAAAACUUUAGGCUGAUGGCUGGGCUUUCCCUGGGUGACAGAAGGAUCCAAUUCUGCACAGAUUUUCUUAUUUUGCUUUAGAUAAACACAGGUGCCUGUUCUGCUUCUGCUCCCUCUGCUGAUGGGAGGAUAAAAACACAGAAAAUAUUAAUAUUAAUAAUAAUAAUAAUCAUAAUAUCCUGAGUCUCAUCAAAGACAAUCCCAAGACCACCUAGCUCGCUGUAGAAAAAGAAUGAACCUAAUCAUGCUGCUUCAGAAUAUUAACCAAUGCAUUUUUAGCAUGUGUACAUUUUAUGUAAUGUCAUGCUGCACUACAACACAGGAGCAUUACUUUAUAUAUUGAAAUUAUCUCAUGUAAUCAUCCAAAGCGGCUUGAAGUGCUUUAAACUCAUAUGCACUUUCCAACAUUGCAACACAAGAUUUUUUUUUUUACCCAGGUUAGGGCAAUUAAAAGGGAACCUUUGCCAGUUUGACUAGCAGGUAUCACUGAAAUAGUAUAACUAAAAGAAAAUUUAACCAUACUCUAUAUGUACGAAUAGAUCAGCUUUUCCCAUUUUUCAGUCAUGUAUUUAAACACACCUUGCAGAGAAGUCUGUUUUUUCUUUGUCUUGGUGACAGCAGGUCACAUGUCACACACAGGUCACUGUAACAUUUUUAAUGCAAAUAGAAAAAGAAAAACAAGUCUAAAUGACCAGAUCUGUUUCGUGAGCAAAUAUUUGACUUCCAGGUGGACUGUAAAUAAUUUUGAUAAAACGUCCUAAAACACUAAAUACUACGGUUGAGCCGAUCAGUAUAUCUGAAUAAUGGUAUUGAAUUUGUCACUACUGCAAAAAAAAAAAAAAACUUUAUCGCUAAAAUUGAAAGUAGAUGCUGAACAGUGAACUACUCCUGUAAUGCAGACGUUGCAACAGUGUGUCACCGAUGUACAGCAGACAAGGCUGAUGUUAAAAUCCACAAACAGAAGGUCAAUUACAAGAAAUCAGGAGAGGAGUGUGGCAGCUACUGAAAUGCAAUUCAGUUUAAAAAAAAAUGGUUUCAUCACUACUUUGAGUCGAUAUCUGCAAUCGACUUGGAACAUUCCUGACAAAAACAUGCAGUACAUGAAAAACAAGUCAAAUAAUUCAACUUCAGCAGACAGCACAGAUGAAUGAAAGACUGUAAAGACUGCCAGCUUAUGUUUGGCUCACAAGGCAAGAUUCAAAAACUUUUCUUUUGUAUUUUGGAUUUCCCUCUUUGCAUUACAUCAUUUUCUGUUUGGCUACAUGUCACAUCCAACAAGCUGCAUGCUUGUUUGUACUUUGGAACGCCACACACGCUGGGAUAUCGAUCCAAGACAAUCCAACAUGUUGAAUAUUUACAGUUUGAAAUCAGAGCAGUCCCAACAUCCUUCCAAGCUGACUAUAUCGCUCUGAACGCACCACACAGCAGGAACAUCUCUUAAAAUUAUCUUCAAAAGUCAUCAUGAUUAUUGGAACCUCAUUAAGAUUAUCAGAAGAACAAAAUCGGUCCAAAAAUCGGCACAGUUAUCUUGCCGUGUGAACCCGGUGUUAGGCAUGUAAAACAUCAGUCAUUUGUGUUUUCAUUUUGUUAAAAACAUUUAUAUUCAUAGCCACAGAUUUAAGAUGAAGGAUUUGUGAUGUAGUGGUAAAGCUUCCUUGUGAGAAUUUAAUUUGUAGUUCCCAAAAUUCACCCAGUUUGCUUGAACCAUAGAAAUUCCUUUUGUUAUAAAGUGAAACAUCUUCAGGGAAAAAAGGAAGUCUAUGUUCCCUUUAUUCAAUAACUUAAAACCUAUAAUAUUUUUAAACCCAGGAUUUUUACUUGUUGACUAAUAGGCAAAUCUAUAGAGAAAAACCAGUAUUUAACUUAGUCCAGUUCAGAACAGACAAAAACAGUUUAAUAUAGUUGAAAUGUGUAGCAUUAAACAUUUUUAGGAAGCUUGCUUUAAUUUUCUAAUUGAUAUUUAUGUGUGAGCAAUAAAACUUCUAGCAGUUUUCAUGAUGUGUUGUUGCAUGC